AUGUUGGAAUGCCACACUAAAAUAGCGCAACUUUCUGCUUUAAAUAAGACCCAGCCCACAGUAGAAACAGGGAUGCAACUCACCCUGCAGUAUGAUAAACUAAGAGACUUGACGGCAGACAAAACUAGGAGGCUGCUCCAUAAAUUAAAAGCUACCGCCUACCAUCAAAACG